UCAGGCCAAGGACAGUUCUCUGACCAAUCAGCUGAUAGAUUACCUGAUGGGAGAGAGUGACGGUAUGCCCAAGGAUGCAAAGUACCUGUUCCGUCUGUAUAUGGCGCUGCAGCAGUACAGGGAGGCUGCUCGCACUGCCAUCAUCAUCGCCAGAGAAGAGCAGAAUGCUGGGAACUAUCGCAACGCCCAUGACGUACUGUUCAGCAUGUACACAGAGCUGCAGGCCCAGAAGAUAAAAAUCCCUGCUGAGAUGGCCACAAAUCUCAUGAUCCUCCACUCUUACCUGCUGGUCAAGAUUCAUGUAAAGAGGGGAGAUCAUCUGAAAGGGGCACGCAUGCUCAUUCGUGUCAGCAACAACAUCAGCAAGUUCCCUGAGCAUGUCGUUCCUAUUCUGACUUCGGCAGUCAUCGAAUGUCACCGAGCCGGACUGAAGAACUCGGCCUUCAGCUUUGCUGCUAUGCUGAUGAGACCAGAGUACCGGAAUGAGAUUGAUCCAAAGUACAGGAAGAAGAUUGAGGCUAUGGUUCGACGUCCUGAUACAUCGGAACUGGAGGAGGAAACUACUCCUUGUCCCUUCUGUGGCUUUCAGCUGGCACAGAACGAACUACUGUGCAUCUCCUGCAAGAACAACCUGCCCUACUGCAUCGCCACGGGUCGUCACAUGCUCAGAGAAGACUGGUCUGUGUGUCCUCAUUGUGAAUUUCCCGCACUAUACUCGCAGUUCAUUUU